AACAUGGUUAAAAAAAAAAAAAGUGUCUGAAAAUGGGUGGCACUGAAUGAGUUGGGAAGGGCUGGGGAGGAGACCAUAAAUGUACAACAAUUUCCUCUUCUGUGCUCACAUCGGAUUUCAGAAACUUUUUGAGAACUUUUCCAUCUGACGCGGCAGCAAUGGCGUACACAUAUGUGGUGAGCGUGGCCACGGGAACUCAAGGCAGGUCAGGGACCGAUAACUACAUCAGCAUAACGCUGGUGGGCACCGAGGGCUGCAGCCAGAAGACACGGCUGGACAAACCUAAGCACGAUGACUUUGAGAGGGGCUCUGUGGAUUCCUACCCGAUCAAGGUGCAGGAGAACUUGGGUGAACUUGUGUUGGUGAAGCUGGAGAAGAAAAAAUACAUGGCACAGGACGACUGGUACUGCAGGUACGUCUCGGUCAGGACUCCAGGUGGGGACAGCGUGGAGUUCCCAUGCUAUCGCUGGCUGGUGGAUGACAAGGAAGUGGUGCUGCGGGAUGGACGAGCUCACCUGCCUCAGGAUGAUAAAACGAGCCCGUUCAAGCAGCUCAGACAAACCGAACUGGAAAUGAGGCGGAAAGCCUACAGAUGGAUGAGGUGGCAGCCCGGCUUUCCUAUGAGCAUAGAUGCAAAAAGACAUCAGGAUUUGCCCCGGGACAUCCAGUUCAACAGCGAGAAAGAAGUGGAUUUUGUGCUGAAUUACAGGAAAGCAAUCCAGAACCUGCUCAUGAACCGCUUCACGUGCAUGUUCCAGUCAUCCUGGAAGGACAUAGCCCAUUUUAAGAAGAUCUUUUUCAGCAUCAAAAACCCAAUCUCAGGUUAUGUGAUGCAACACUGGAAAGAGGAUUUCAUGUUUGGCUACCAGUUUCUGAAUGGCUGCAAUCCUGUCCUGAUCCAAAAGAUUAGCAAACUUCCCGACAAGUUUCCCGUCACCAAUGAGAUGGUUGCUGUCAGCCUGGAGAGAGAGUUGACUCUCGAACAAGAAAUAAAGGCGGGGAACAUCUACAUGGUGGAUUACGAAGUGUUGGAUGGCAUCAAAGCAAACGAUACAGACCCAAAGACUCCGCAAUACAUGACAGCUGCCAUCUGUCUUCUGUACAAGAACACACAGAACGAGAUCCUUCCGAUAGCCAUCCAGUUGGGUCAGAUUCCAGGUGAGGACAACCCCAUCUUCCUGCCCACAGACAGCGAAGACGACUGGCUCCUGGCAAAAAUGUGGGUGCGCUCGACCGACUUCCAGCACCACCAGACGGUCACUCACUUGCUCAGGACGCAUCUGAUCUCAGAGAUGUUUGCCAUCGCUAUGUUCAGGCAGCUCCCCGCAGUCCACCCUGUUUUUAAGCUACUCAUUCCACAUGUGCAUUUCACCAUCGCUAUAAACACCAAGGCCAGAGAACAGCUCAUCUGUGAACAUGGUCUCUUUGAUAAGGCGAAUGCUACAGGUGGAGGUGGUCAUGUGGAACUGAUUCAGAAGACCAUGAAGACCCUGACAUUCAGAUCUCUCUGCUUCCCGGAUAUGAUCAAAGAUCAUGGCAUGGACAGCAAGCAGGACGUUCCCAACUACUUCUACAGAGACGACGGCUACAAGGUGUGGAAGGCCACCAAGAGCUUUGUGUCCGAUGUGAUCGGCAUUUAUUACAGCAGCGAUGAGGAGGUGCAGAGUGACGAAGAAAUCCAGGCCUUUGUUCAAGAUGUACGUGACAACGGUAUGAAAGACUUCGAUCACUGCGGGUUCCCCAGGUCGCUUGAAUCCCGCGAGGAACUGAUCGAAUAUCUGACCAUCAUCGUGUUCACGGCUUCAGCCCAACACGCAGCUGUCAACUUUGGACAAUUCGACUGGUAUUCCUGGAUUCCCAAUGCUCCGUCCACCAUGCGGAAGCCUCCACCAAAUCGAAAGGGUGUGGCAAAUAUAACCCUGAUCAUGGAAAGCCUCCCGGAUCGAGGACGCUCCAGCUGGCAUUUGGGUGCCGUCUGGGCCCUCAGCCAGUACCAAAAGAACGAGCUCUACUUGGGAAUGUACCCCGACGAGUACUUCUUGGAAAAGCCAGUGAUAGCUUCCAUGGAGAAGUUCAGGAAGAAUCUGGCAGAGAUCAGCAGCGGCAUCAAGACAAGGAACCAAGGCCUGGAAAUGCCCUACUACAACCUGUCCCCUGACAGGAUACCCAACAGUGUGGCUGUUUAAACAAACAUGGACUCUCUGCACUGUUUUUCUUAACUAUACUUCAAAAUAGGGAAAUUGGGAAGGAAAUGUAGUAAGAUUUCAACUUUCCCAGCUAUCAUACAAGUGUACUCUACUGUCUAAUU